UUCGUCAGUAUUGGUUCAGGUCUUGUUCGGACUGUAAUAUCCCACACGCACACACCUCCCCGUUUUGGCUAGAGCCUACAUAUCCAAUAACACAUCCCAACCUAAAACAUCGUCCUGCCCAAGGACACCAUGCAGAAGUCGCCCAGGACGAGUCGCCUGUCGACCGAAAAAAAGAGAAAUGAAGUGAAGGAUAAGGGGAAGGCAAAGGGGAAGGCAGAGGUGGAGAAGGACAAGGACACGGACAAGGAGCUGAAGUGCGUGAGCAACUAUGACAAGAUCGAGAUGCUGGACUACAUGCCCCGCUACAUGGACACCUUCUGGAAAAUGGACACCCGUCUGAGCGGAUCCAUGGUCGAUGGUCGCUGGAUGCUAGGCCAGUCCAACUACAACAAGGGACUGGCCUUCACGCUGAACGAAAGGCGUGUGCUCUCCAUUCACGGACUACUUCCGGUGGCAGUGCGAACCAUCGAUGAGCAGUUGGAGAUCUGCAUAAAAUUUAUGCAGUCAUUUACCACCAACGUGCAGCGGUAUAUGUAUCUGACCUAUCUGUCGCGUCGAAAUAGGCGACUAUUCUACUACCUUCUGCUUUCCAAUCCCGAUCGCUAUGUGCCCAUGACGGAUGUCUCGGGCUCGUUGGAGCUGCUCAGGGUCCACCGAAUGCUGCACUCGAUGGGCCAGGGUCUGUACAUUUGUAUUAAGGAUCUGGGGCACGUUCCCCAAAUCCUGGCCAAUUGGCCGCAUCGUUGUGUUCGCUGCCUGCUGGUGAGCAAUGGUGCCUCUGUUCUGAGCUUGGGUGAUUUGGGUGUGGAUGAGAUGCCCGUACUGUUCUCCAAUCUGCACCAGAUCGUCGUCUUUGGCGGCAUUCAUCCGGUUUAUUGUUUGAGCGUGAUGCUGGAUGUGGGCACCAACAACGAGGAACUGUUGCAAGAUCCAAUGUAUACGGGCCUGAGGGAGCGACGUGCCUCAGAGGAGCUGUACGACCAGUUGUUUAAGGAGUUCACACUGUCCGUGAUGCAGCAGUAUGGACCACGUGCCCUGAUCCUGUGCAAGGACUUCGAGGCCCAGAAGGCCAAGAAGCAAUUGGAGCUGUACCGCGACCGCCAGUGCAUCGUGGACGUGGACUUCCAGUGCCUGGCUGCAGUGGCUCUGGCCGGAGUGAUUGUCUGCAACCGAUUGAAGAGAGUCUUCUUCUCCUCCAACGUAUUCCUGUUCUACGGAGCCGAGGCCAUAAACAUUGGCAUGGCUCGACUGUGUAUGGUGUUGCUGAAGCGCGAGGGUCUCAUCGAAAUGAAGGCCAGGGAGAAGAUUUGGUUCUUCGAUGCCCACGGGUUGAUAGUAAUGGGCAGGAAGGACAUACCCGAGGAGCUGCUGGAAUUCGCCAACCCCCGGGAGCCCAUCGCCGACCUGGUGGAGGCCAUUCACCAGUUGAAGCCCAACGUACUGGUGGGUGGCUCAUUGGUGCCGAAUACCUUUACUCCCGAUGUCCUGCGGGCCAUGGAGAAGAGCUCGGACCAGCCUGUAAUAUUUGCAUUAUCUAGACCCCUGGAACAGGCCGAGUGCUCGGCGGAGGAUGCCUUCUCCUACACCAAGGGCCGUUGCAUCUUCAUCUCGGGCUCGAAGCUGCCACCGCUGAAAUAUGCCAACAAGUGGUAUCAGCCGGGGCAUUGCACCAGCAGCUAUUUGGUGGCUGGGAUAAGUUGCGGCGUGAUGCUGGCCGGAUUCACCACCAUUCCGGAUGAGGCAUUCUGCGUGGCCGCCGAGCGAUUGGCCAGUUUGGUGUGGCCCUGUGACCUGGAGAAGCGGAACGUCUAUCCGCCGAUGAAGAAGAUCCAGUGCAUCAGCCUGCAGAUGGCCGAGGCCAUUUUCACGUACGCCUUUGCACGCGGACUGGCCACUUUGUGGCCGCAGCCGGAAAACCCAAUGGAAUACAUCAAGGCCUCGCUGUACAAUCCGGAGUACCGAAUGAACAUCGUUGACGUUUACUGCAUGCAAAACCGUAGUGUCGCCACCACGGAAUCCCACAAGUACUACACACUUAAUAUCUAGGACCUGUACUUACGUGGCGACCAUUAUUAAAUGAACUAAGCCAGA